UGCAUCUGCGGCGAGUUUAUCCUCGUCGUCGACAAGAGCCUAGCGAGCCUUCCGCGGCGCCAGACUGACGGCGCAAUUAUCAUUCGCUGCCAGGACGCGGACGACGCCAAGGCGCGGAUCUUCAAGCUGAACGCCACGCCCAAGGAGCCAAUCCUCGUAGAGCGACAAGGUGGGCAUGAGAAACAGUACAGGUUCCAUUGUCCACGCUGCGCGCUGCCUGUUGCGUACCAGUCCACGCCCCCGCCCGCCAAGUCUGGGCCGUUCUUGUACGUGUUCAAGGGUGCUCUCAGCCAGAUACAGGGGCAGCUUCCGCCAGAUGCGUUCGACGACGAGAAGCUUCUCGACGAUAGCAUCGCAUGA